AUGUUUCACCGGUCGCUGAGCUUAGUCGUCUCUUCUUUCGGCUUGUCUGCGUUGACUCCAUACCGCAUACACCUUGAAAUGAACCUGAACAUCAACGUUAGCUCGACCGAGCUCUCCUCCCAGCCAUUCAGAAACGAGCCAGUCCUUCCAAAGCAUGCAACCAUUGACGUUACAACGUCAACGCAGGAGAAUGGGUGUCAAGAUGACGGUUCAGAUCGACAAACCGUUCUACAAAAUUGUGGCAAUCUGCUGAGUCGAGCUCGUUCUGCUAUAAAGCUGCUCGUCGGGUUGCACCAGUAUAAAGGGGCUGCUUGGCGUCUACAAGGCUACGGCAGCCGUUUGCACAACUACCUCGUGCACAAAGGACGUCAGGACGCGUCUAAUGGAACCGCUUGUGACACAUGCAGGGGUGUCGACAUUAAGAAUGCCUCAACGCAAACUGAUUCUACCAAUGAAAACAUCAUCGCACCCUGUCUACACACCACUUUAGCUAGUAGUGCUCCUCUGACGGAGAGAUCCAUGCUCUUGCAUCAUGGUGCCCAACUAGAGGACCACGAAGGCAUUGGCUCUUGCGAAGGUGUGGUGCCUGUCUGCACUUUCAGGUGUCUGUCAGACAACGAACUGAAGCUGCAGAAGGUGGAGGACUUCAGGGGCAUAUGCAUUCAGCUCAAUGGGCCUAAUGGUCAAGAGAGAGACCUGAGAGCGGCUCAGGACACCUGUGCCGAACGCAAUCUCAUCACAAACAAGCUGGCAGGCGAACUUGGUCUGCCCAUCGUGCCAGACCGGGAGAGACUUGUCUUCAAGACCAUCGAGAAAGGGGAGGUGGGAGCCCAGGGCAUUGUAUCGAUACCCAUCAAGACUUUUUGCUGCGGUAUGGACCUUAAGGUCAAAUUCUACGUGCUAGAAGAACUUGCUGGUCAUCAGAUGAUACUGGGGAUCGACCUUAUCUUGGAGCUGGGUCAUCUAGAGAAGAAGCCCUGCAGACAGGACCCCGGCGCGGCAAACUGA